UGUGAACUGACGUGAUUCAGUAAACCUGCAGGUCGGGGAGCAAUCGUUAAAGGGACUGGAGGUCACACCAAUCCAUCAAAAUGGUUAAAAUCUUCAUUGGGAACCUGUCCCCAAACACAACAGCAGAGGAGCUUCGCUCCCUCUUCUCACAGUAUGGGAAGAUCUCAGAGUGCGACAUAGUGAAAAACUUUGGCUUCGUUCACAUGGACGACAAAGCAGAGGCUGACGAAGCCAUUCGAAACCUUCAUCAUCACGUUCUGAACGGCCUUCCCAUGAACGUGGAAUUGAGCCGCGGCAAACCCAAAGCCUCCACAAAGCUCCAUGUCGGUAACAUCAGUAGCAACUGCACCAACCAGGAGCUGCGCGCUAAGUUUGAAGAGUACGGACCAGUGGUUGAGUGUGAUAUUGUGAAAGACUAUGCCUUUGUGCACAUGGAGCGUGUGGAGGAUGCUAUGGAGGCCAUCAAUGGGCUGGACAACACGGCCUUCCAAGGCAAACUGAUGAGCGUGAAGCUUUCCACUAGCCGCCUGCGUACUGCGCCAGGAAUGGGAGAGCGGACAGGUUGUUAUCGGUGCGGGCAGGAAGGCCACUGGUCCAAAGAGUGCCCACUGGACCAGAACGGCUCUUACAGGGAGGGUCCCGGCGCGGACGGAUUCGGGCCGCCGAGGUUUGGCGGGGGUGGUCGCGGCCGGGGUUUUCACCGCGGCUUCAGUGGCGAAGCAGGUUUUGGCGGUAGCUACGCGCCCACGCACGGCUUUGCCAGAGGAGCCGGUUACGGCGGGCCCGGCGGGUAUGGACGGGGCGCGGGCUACGAGAGCGCUAUGGCUUACGCCGUACCGGCGGGCUACGGCAUCGGCGCGGAGCAUAGCAUGGCCCGAGCGUACGGCAGCGAGGCCUCGUACGGAAGCAGCGGUGCGGGCUAUGGCAGCAUGAUGCCAGCGUAUCCUACGCGGCGAUCGUCCUAUGAGGAGAGGGAUCCGUACGGGGUGGUGGACUUCUACGAGAAGUACAGGGCUCGUCCGUACGGCGCAAGUUAUUUCGAGGAGCGACGCGCUGUCCCUCUGCCGGCCCCUCCUCCCCCUUCCUCUUCUUCCAUCAUGAGAGACAGACUGUCCACCACUAGCCUCGACGCAUAUGAGCGCCGCCCUCUCCCUCCGCCGCCGGCCCCCGUCUCUUCAUACUACUCCCGCGACCGGAGCCCGAUCCGACGAAUCCCCGUCGAGGCGGAGGGAUACGCGUACGAGCGCUCUCGUCUCUCGCCUGUCUCCUCGCUCUCCAGAAGCUCUGCGUACGACAUGCCGCGGGAUCCCUAUGCCGAUCGGGCGCGCUACGCUUACUAA